AUGAACGUCAAUGAGAUCAUCGCAGAGGCAUAUAGCUAUGCUGUUGCUAACAGUGGCGAAGGACUCGGCGAGCCUCUGCCAAUCGGCGGCAUGUCAGGCAGACACCGGUUACAGACGAGUGUGAAAAAUGGUCCACACAUAUUAGUGACACUAGGACACGACAAAAGGCGACCAAAAGCGGCCGUUGCCGGACGCGGACACACGCGGACGUGGCCGACUCACCGCAUUGUACUCUUGCUUUCGCCCUCUUCCUACGCUCUUCACCUGGCUCGUUCCUCUGUAAUGGAUCCUUCACUGCCCGCGAAGACACUCCCACUCUUCUUUCCAGAAGUUGAUCCACCCCGCCUUAACUAUACACAAGCGGAUCACGUUAGGGCAUUUAGAAGCCAGCCACUCGACUAUAUCAAGAACUACCUCAUACCCAAACCCCGAGAUGUCGCAAUUUUGCUUCCUCCUCGCCUGAAUGUGGGCUGGAUCGUCGACCAGGACUGCAUGUUCGAGUAUGCUCGAGAGCACGGAACCGAAUGUUUGAUCGAAGACCAUGAAGGAGUUCAUCGUAAUUAUUACGAUGCAUGCAAUGAGGCUCUGACCAUAAUGCUCGAGGAACUCAACAUACCAGAUGACCCGCGCAUCGAGAUCGUGUUCGCCUGCAACGGGGACUACGACCUGAACCCCACCGACCCGAAUCACUGCAAUUUUCAGUUUGUCUUGAGCGUAGGGUCUAAUUAUCGGGGUGCCAUACUGAAAGAAUAUGGUGAUAAAUUGCGGGACUUUGUUGCGCCUGGAGUCGAAGCCCGUUGGUUUUUGGACAGCGAGCGAUGGAUGUGGACGAGGUCACGCAGAGGGCCCCAGUGCAAAGCCACUCAGCUCGGGUUCCACUGGCAGCUGCAAAAACGAAAUCGAGAGUCGCCGGAGGGUUGA